UGUUCUUCCUUCUGUUUCCGAGACGUUCAGGGUCUAAACGGGUUCACCAGCCGUGUCUGCAUGUCUCUACCAGUUCCCUCUAAAAAUCGUCUUCUACCGCUCCCGAAUGAAGAUUAACAGGUAUGCCAAAGGAAAAAUAUGAUCCUCCAGAUCCCCGCAGAUGUUACACCAUUAUGCCAGCGGAGGAGGCGGCCAGUGGGAAGAAGUCUUACUGGGCCGAGCUCGAGAUUUCUGGACGUGUGAGGAGUCUGAGCAGCUCGUUAUGGACACUCACCCACCUGACGGCGCUGCACAUCAACGACAACAACCUGAGCCGCAUCCCGCCGGACAUCGCCAAGCUGCCCAACCUGGUCUACCUGAACCUGUCGUCCAAUAAGCUCCGCAGCCUGCCCGCCGAACUGGGCAACAUGGUCUCUCUCAGGGAAUUGCUUUUAAACAACAAUCUUUUACGAGUUCUGCCUUAUGAACUUGGGAGGCUUUUCCAGUUACAAACCUUGGGGCUAAAAGGAAACCCUUUGUCCCAAGACAUCCUCAAUCUGUACCAGGAGCCGGACGGAACCAGAAAGCUUUUGAACUACAUGCUCGACAAUCUAGCAGUGCACCCGGAGCAGCUCCCCCAAAGACCUUGGAUCACUCUGAAAGAGCGAGACCAAAUGAGUUCCACAGCUGUGUUCACGGUCAUGUGCUACAACGUGCUGUGUGACAAGUGCACGCGACAGCUGUACGGCUACUGUCCAUCCUGGGCGCUCAACUGGGAGUACCGCAAGAAAGGCAUCAUGGAGGAGAUCACCAGCUGUGACGCUGACAUCAUCAGCCUGCAGGAGGUGGAGACGGAGCAGUACUACACUCUGUUUCUGGAAACACUAAAGGAGCGCGGCUACGACGGCUACUUCUGCCCAAAGUCUCGUGCCAAACUGGUUUCCGAGCAGGAGAGGAAACACGUGGACGGCUGCGCUGUGUUCUUCAAGACCGAAAAGUUUACGUUGGUCCAGAAACACACUGUGGAGUUCAACCAGGUGGCCAUGGCCAACUCCGAGGGCUCGGAGGUCAUGCUGAACAGAGUGAUGACCAAAGACAACAUCGGGGUGGCGGUUCUGCUCGAGGUCAAUAAGGACAUGUUCUCCGGUGGCAUGAAGCCACCACAGGAGAGGCAGCUGAUCCUGGUGGCCAACGCCCACAUGCACUGGGACCCCGAGUACUCGGACGUCAAGUUGAUCCAAACCAUGAUGUUCCUGUCGGAGCUGAAGAGCAUCGCUGAGAGGGCCUCGGGCUCCAUGGCGACCGGUUCGCCGACCUCCGACCCGUCCUCCAUCCCCAUCGUCCUGUGUGCUGACCUCAACUCGCUGCCCGACUCCGGUGUGGUGGAAUACCUGAGUAACGGAGGAGUGGCUGAUAACCACAAGGACUUCAAGGAGCUACGCUACAAUGAAUGUCUGACCAACUUCAGCUGCAACGGCAAAAACGGCAAGAACGGCAACUCGGACGGAAGCAUCACACACAGCUUCCAGCUGAAGAGCGCCUACGACAGCAAUCUGAUGCCUUACACCAACUACACAUACGACUUCAAGGGCGUUAUCGACUACAUCUUCUUCUCCAAGACCCACAUGAGCGUCCUGGGCCUGAUGGGGCCGCUGGACAGCCAGUGGCUCAUCGACAACAACAUCACCGGCUGCCCGCACCCCCACGUUCCCUCGGACCACUUCUCCCUGCUGGCCCAGCUGGAGCUGCACCCUCCCCCACCCCACACGCUCAACCCCCUCAACGGGCUGCACCUGCCGGUCCACAGGUAGUGCAGCCUGCGAGAGCCCCGCCAACCUUUAAAACACUGUCCCUCCCCACCCCCAGCUUUAUACAGGACCCUGUACAGUUUACCAAUCAUGUUAAAACUCAGAAACCAUCCGACCCCUCCGACCCUGAGACACACCUUUCCAUAAGGAGUGAAGUAUUCGCCCGUUUGUUGCUCCUUUUUGUGUUUUUGCACACUGUAAUUGUUUGUUUUAUUUCAUUUUUUUCUCCCCUUGAAAAGGCUUAAUACCAAAUGUUUGGGAUGAGGUUGCUUUGGUAACUCCCAAUGUCAAUUUCUUUUAUUUUUUGUUGCCUUAGAUAUGAUCGUAACAGCUUACAGACAGCAACAAACCUAAAACCAUCAACUUUUUAAUGAUAAACUACACAAACGUCAGCAGUGAAUGUGUGAAAUUUCACACAACUGUGAAAAAAAAAUCUUUUUUUAGAUUAAAAACAACAUAUUACUGCAGCACCACAAUAUACAGUUUAUGCUGUGUUGAACUGUGUAGAACUGGAACCUGCUGUCACUCCCAAAUUAACUGAAAGGUAUUUUAAUGAGAGAAGUAACACUACAAACAACAGAAAGUAAGAAAUGUUUACAAAAAAUGUAUUUCCAUCAGUCGUUUUUGUAAACGCAGAUCCUUAUUUUCUAUUCUGAUCAGCAGAGGAACACCAAAAUACUUACUUCUAUUAAAUGUGGAGGAAAAAACUGCAAUUUUUAAGGUUAAAAAGUACCGAUUGGGCGUUUUAAAAGUAAUGUAACAACAUGGUAACACUAAAUCGUGUUUCUUAUAGGAACUACAAUAUGAAUUAAUCUGAGCUGCUUGUGAGUCACAUAACAGCAAUGAUAAUAUUGAUGAGUAAUAUUUCCACAUCAUUUUGGAUUAUGUUGCUUGAAGAGGAUGUCACAUGACUCCCUCUUGCCGGAUAGCAAAAUCCAAACCUGGAAGCCGCUUCAUAGUGAAUGUUACAGAGCUGCUUCAUUCACUUCUAUGAAUUUUCUUUUUUCUUGCACCUCUCCGUGAUCAUUGCUAAAUAUUUUACCUGCAGACGAAUCGUGCUUGCUACCGUUUAGAAGAUACAACUUGUGAGUUUUUCUGCAGCACAAUGAAGUCAUAAAACAAUCAGUUCAGGCCAAAUGAGAGCUAAAAUCCUAAAUAAUGAUAAGCGUCGAAGCCAAAUUAGCCCAUCAAAACACGUCACACAAUCCUGACAAUGACCCAACAAUGCGCUUUAUACUUCUGUGCUUUCAAACACCUAUGAUCUUAAAAGAGUAUCGUCCCGUUUCCGCUCACCUGACUAACCAAAGAAUCUGCCCAGAAUGAGUGACUUAUGAUCUGUCGACCGAGAUCAUAUUUAUUUAUUGGUGUCAGAGAAAAAAAAACCUUCCUGGGAAGAAUCUGCCAAUGGUUUGUAACCAGGAGCCGAAUGUAUUUACCAAAUGCUCACUAUGAAAUUAAUUGUUGGAGCCUCUUCAUGCCAGAUUCCUGUGGACUUUGUAUAUUUGUGUCAGAUGAUUAGAACUAAUAGCCCUUUAUGUAAGUUGUAACUCAGGGCUAUGCUAUGCAUCCAGCAGUACCUCUCAAACCGAAGACUCUCAGAGUCGUAGAGCAAAACCAAACAGGAAGCUGUUGGUUUCAAAAUCCUCUAUAAAGCACAGGUAACGUAUGUACUUACAUACAUAUAUGUCGUUGUUGUUGUAGAAGUCCCACGUCUUGGUGAUUUUUUUUUAUAUGAAACUGCUGCUGCACUUUUGCUCCACUGGAAAAAAAAAAUAUCAUGGGAAAUUUGGAUUAGUGUAAUUUUUCAGUUGUCAGAAGAUGCAAAAAGUGUUUGAUAAAUUUGGUUUUGACACUUUUUCAAAAAUAUUUGGUUUAGUUGUAAGACUUUUAAAAGAGGCCUAAGUAUUUGUAGGUAGGAUUUAAUUUGGGAUUAACUGGGUAGGACUGGGUAUCAAUACAAAUGUCGUACCUGAGUUUCAGUACAGAUGCAAAAGUCUCCUUAACAAAAGGGGCCAAACUUCUUAAAUGUUUGUUGUUAAAACCAGUGGCUCAAAAUCUGAGGUCAGAUGUAUAAAACUGUAGAUUCACGACUGAAAUCGAGUUUGCACAAAGGCAGAAAUAUGCAUUAUUUAGUCAGAUUUGUCGAUGAGGUCAUCACUCAAUGAUUUGAAAUUUGAUUUAUCAAUGCACCUUUCAUUGACAUUUUACAGAACGCUCUGUAAGCUUCAAAAAAAGACAAUCUUUAUUUUUUACCGUUAUGUUUGGGACAUUGGGACUCAGCCAUACAGCUAUUUUGCAGAAUAUAAAAGACCAAAAUUGGCAAAAUUUUAAUGAAAAUCUUAAAGAAUUUGUUAAAGAUUGCAUGAGAUUGACAUUUACCAAUACUCAAUGUGACGGACACGUUUCAAUUGGUACAAAUGAAAAUAUUGAGGUUUGAUACCCAGCCCUACCUUUGCAGAGGGACACAGAUCCCAUACCCAUGCACUCACGGUGUUUAAAAUUUUCGGCACAUUUAACACACCUGAGAUUAAAUGAGCUAAAGCAAGAAAAGAGAAGCCAUAAAUUUUGGGAUAAAUUGUGUCAGCACAAGACGGCACCCUGUACCUUCAGCUUUAAACCCCGGUCUGAUCAGUUUAACCGGCUUUGCUUCAUUUGCACUUGAUUUGGCGCUAACGCAUGCACCUCCAGUUUUGGUGGAGUUGAUGAAGUCUAUCAUUACGAGCAUUUAGAGGCCUAUACUUCACUCCUAAACUCACCUCACUGGGUUUUCUGGUUUUGUACAACAAGCUGUACAUAAAUUAAAUUGCCUUUGAUGACUGGGCGACUUUCACAUCUGUGAGGGGAAUGUACCAUUCUCCGAUUAAGGGGCGUAUUUUUUCUCACAAAUCAAAGAUGUACCUGGUGUUGUACUUUUUUUUUCUUUGCCCGGUGCACUAAGAUCUCAUAUGUGAAUACCACCUCCACCUGUCUCCGAUACUCUUGUAGAGACAAAACUGGUCUCUGUCCAACUAUGUUUUUUGAACUACGGGCAUUUUCUGUCUCUAGCAAACAUGCAGUCUUUCAAUUGGUACUUUGUACAAUUCAGUAUUACCAAGUUUUUGAGAAAAAAGAUAAAUGUUCUAGGUUUAAAAGCA